AUGACCCGCGGCACAGUCCAAGAAACCAAAAUCCACUACCGCGGCCAAAACGUCCACGACGACUUCAUCGUCUACACAACCAACGUGGAGCUUCUCCAGAAAUGGAAAACCGACAAAUCAAUCCCGCUGGUUGACGUACUUGACGCAUACCAGAUAUUCGUGACACACAAACAAGGAGCACAAGGCAUACUUGAUACGGCGUCGCAUGCGGAGUUGGAUAGUGAGUUUGGGACGCAUAAGAUUGAGGAUGUGGCCGAGCGGAUAUUGAAGGAGGGCUCGGUUGUGAAGAAUAAGGGAUCGAGUAAGGAGGCGGAUAAGAAUCCGACGAAUGGACCGGGGAUUAGUAGUAGAGGCAAUGUUCAUCAGUAG